AUGGAUCAUUUCCCCCCGCCAUCGUCCGUGACGCUCUCGCCCCAAUCGCCAACUCCAACACCGAAUGCUUCGAAUUCCACUCCCAAUCCUACCAACUCAUCUAGUAUUUUUCGGCCCCGCCGAUCCGACGAUUGGCACGAGUAUCGCGAGAUUAUUGAGCAACUCUACCGCAAUGACCAACUGAAGCUGCGCGAUGUGAAACGCAUCAUGGAGCGUGAUUAUAAAUUCCAGGCAUCAGAAAAGCAAUACAAAGAUCGCCUUGCUGCCUGGCACGUUCGCAAGAAUAUCAAAGCUAAAGAGGUCCACCUUAUGAUUCGAAAACAGCAAAAACGUGCAGCGAGGGGCAAACAGACAGCUUUCCGGGUGAACGGACAGGAAGUUGACAACAAACGUAUUGCUCGUUUUCAGCGUCGCUACGGCGAUAGUUGGGACGAAGAAAAAGACAAGGAUAUUCAACAGAUGAGCCCGGAGCCCACAACCCCGUCCGACAUGACCUGCUACACUCCAGAACCCGCCGAUGAAGCUGCCACGCCUAUAUCACCACCAGAAAUUCAGUCUCCAUCGCGUGAGCCCUCAUCUUACCCUCUCAGCUAUAACCCCAAUCACAUCGACUCCAUCCCUGACCUCAUCAUAGAUGACGACUCAUCAUUCCCAAUAAGCAUGCAUCAUAAUCCAACUCGACGAUAUCACCACCAACCCGAAUCAUUAGUGCACUCAUCUCAUCCACACGCUCAACACCCACACUCCCCGCACGCACCACACCCACAUGCACAUCAUCCGCAUCCGCACUCACUUCCACCUCCUCAUCUACCUCAUCCUCAGCACACCGUCAUGACUGCCAGCGCGGGGUCUAUGCCGCCAAUCCAAACAAUGACGCCCGCGGUCCCACUGCACCCCGUCGCAGCCCCUGGACCGGCAUCUUCACAUCGGGCCUUCAUGAACGCAGCGGGUAUCAUACCACCAUCUGCGAAUAUGGUCCACAACAGCGAGUGGGAGCAGCUUAAUAAUUUCCAAUCACGCCUCGAGGAGCUGAACGACCAUCUAAACGUGUCCAUGUCAAAGUGGAACCGGGAUCAAGAUCCCAAUGAGGUCCCGCAUCACCCUCACCAUGAAGGACUCGGGCUAUAA